AUUCUCUUCUUGUAUAAAAUGCAAGCCACUCCCCCUCAAAACCUUACCAUUAUACGUACACUACCGCCAUCAACAAAUAACCCACAAACUCAAAUGGCAGAUCAACCAUUGCGGGAUGAUCAUGAUUUCAAGGUGAAAAGCAGAUCAGAUGUCACCAAAACGGUGUCGGAAUAUUCAUUGCCUGUAAAUGAUGGCCAUGACAGUUGCAGCUACUCCAAGAAUUCCUACUAUCAGAGACUAUCAGCAAAUGUUGAAAAGAGAAAAAUUGAUGAGGAAAUUGCUGAGAAGCUUGAUGUCUUAAACUUCUUGUCUACUUCGAAAACAAUUCGUAUAGCAGAUUUGGGAUGUGCAACGGGACCAAAUACAUUCAAUGCAAUGCAAGACUUGAUUGAAGCAAUUGUUCACAAGUACAAAUCCUUAUGCCCCACUACUCCAUUGCCAGAAUUCCAAGUCUUUUUUAACGACCAAGCCUCAAACGACUUCAAUUCUCUCUUCAAUGCUCUUCCAGCAGAAAGACAAUACUUCGUAGUAGGUGUGCCAGGUUCUUUUCAUAAUCAGUUAUUUCCUGAAUCCUCUCUCCAUUUUGUGUAUACUUGUUAUGCACUCCAAUGGCUAUCUACUUUGCCUGAAGAGUUGAGUGACAAGAACUCUCCAAUAUGCAAUAAGGGAAGAGUUCACUAUACAAAUGCCCCUCAUGAAGUGUUGAAUGCUUAUUCAACUCAAUUUGCUACGGAUGUGGAGAACUUUUUGAAUGCUAGGGCAAAAGAACUUGUGCCUGGAGGGAUGAUGGUAAUGAUCUUAUCAGGUAUUCCUACAGGAAUGCCAUAUUCUAAGAUCCCCUCUGGUAUACUGUUUGAUUUUAUUUCUUCAAUCCUGAUGAAUAUGGCAACAGAGGGACUUAUUAAAGAAGAUGAAGUGGACUCUUUCAACAUACCAUUUUAUGCUGCCUCUCCUGAGGAGAUGACAGGGUUGGUUGAGCGAAAUGGGUAUUUUAGCAUAGAAAGGAUGGAGUUAACGAACCCAGCAACAUGGUUGGGGUCAGGCCCAAUUGACAUUCAGGCAUGGGUGAUGCAUGUUAGGGCUGCCAUGGAGGGCAUCUUCACCGAACACUUUAGCAGAUCAGAGAUUAUUGAUCAAAUGUUUAAACAGAUGACUGAAAAACUCUCGGACUGUUCUGAGGAUUUGAAAUCAAGAUCGCAGGAAAAAGUACAACUCUUUGUCGUCUUGAAGCGCAAAUGA